UCAUACGAAAACUACAGUGGACCUCGAAAGCCACCCUGGAACACAUUUCAACAGCGUACGAGGUUCUAUUCCACACCACUUUGGUCGACUAUCUUCUUCCUCUUCUUCUACUAUCUCUUCUUCUGGAAGGAGGUUUAUCCUUCGUCCUCAUAGUCACUCUUGCAGACAGCAAUUACUACCCAAUGCUCAUUGUUAUCCCUACACUCGGCAUUUUGUGUGAAGGCGGGUAUUCUGUGGCGGACCUCAAUCUAAACCAAGAGGACGAACGACAAGAUUGGUCUGUUUGAGGAUUCAAGUCAAUUGCUGAUGCAAUCAGGAUCUCCUCCUCCUCAAUGAAUCGUUAUCUUACGAGUGGAAAAUCACCACCGCAGUGGCUGUAAAACGAGGCUUACGAUUCUAAACGACCACACGUUGAGCUGCAGGGAUGGAUUGUCAAACUCUACGUUAGCUUCAGAGCAGGACAAGUGUGUGCUGGUGAUGGUUGUAUGUGGACGAAUCUGUGAAUAGCGCUGGGGAAGGGACGCUGCGUAACUGACAAACGGUCCUUUUGAUUGAUGGCACUCCCUGCCCGCCGUUGAAACCCCAACGAGCGUCUUCCAACUCUCCCUUCUGCUUCAUGCCGUUUCCUUCAAACUGCAGCAACAGUGGCCAUCAAUUCUAAAGCUCUGUGAUCACAUGCUGCAACAAUGGCUAGGUGGAUGUCAUUGCAUACACGGGGCCGUUAUAAGAUGUACUACACUAGCCGGUGCAGACAAACCUUGCCGUAACCACAGCUGCAAUGUGAUUCUGAAGUGGCCCCGUAAAAGCAGAUCAAUAAGAGGAAUUUUCCUUUGCGAGUACUAACUUCGUGGGGAUUCGUGCCUUCAACUUUGAAUCACGAAUCGUGAUUUCUAGGUUAUAGUGUAGCAAUGCUGACAGAUUUGUAGAGGAUACACUCCAUUCUCGCAAUGUGAGAGUGCGAGAAGGAUGUUAGUUCAGAUAUGAGUUUCAUAGACAUUAUUGAAAGGAGUUGGAGUGUGCGUAGCAACUGGUGAAGAGGUUUAACAUGACUGGCGCUGGCUGUGAAUAGGGUAGAGGAGCUGGCCAAAAUACGUCGUAGAUGUAAUCGAGAUCAAAUUGUAGCAAUAUUGACUUCAUUGAUCGACUCUACGCGAUAGUCAUGAAGAUUCUAACACCUGCCCACGGCGGCGGCGGCGGCGGCGACCUGAGAUGUAGGAAGCUUGCAAUGACCGUCCUAUUUAGCAUUUUCAUAUUCUUCCAAGAAAGGGAAACCGAGGCGAGAAUUGAACCACAAGAGCAGGGUUUCACUUACCGGAAUCUGUUGCAAGCAAAUCCCGCCACUGAUAUACCUUCAUCUGGGCGUUCCAUGACAUUGCGCCAAAUCGUAGUGGAUGCUAACGGAUUAGGCGAUUUCUUGAGUGUGCAAGCUGCUGUGGACGCGGUUCCUGCAGAAAACCCGCUUCGAGUUGUCAUUCGAAUUAAUGCAGGCAACUAUGAGGAAAAGGUACAGGUGCCGAGAACGCUGCCAUAUCUUACGUUCCAAGGAGCAGGCGCAGCCACAACCUCAAUCUCCUGGAACAACAUUGCAAGUGACGUUGGCCCUGACGGCAAACAGCUCGGAUCAUUCAACAGUGCUACCGUCAUGGUGUUCGCCUCCAACUUCAUCGCCAGAGACAUUUCUUUCAGGGUGAUUGAAAAAACCUCUUCUUCCUCUCGCACUCUUUACCUCCUUGACCACAGCCCACUCGGACUUCCAAUCACAUCUCACUCACUCCUUCACAUACAUAAACACCCACCCACUUCUCACAGAGCUGCUGCAAUUAUAUGUGGAACACUGCCGAGGUGCCGCCACCCGACACUUUGCGAUGACACAGGACGCCAUUACUUCAAAAACUGCUAUGUCCAAGGCUCCAUAGAUUUCGUCUUCGGCAACGGUCAUUCCAUGUACACGGGAUCCACUUUUCAUUCUAUUGCGACCAGCACCGGGUCUAUUGCGGCCCAGGACAGGGACAAUCCCGACGACACCAGCGGCUUCUCCUUUGUGGGAUGCCAAAUCACAGGUACCGGGAGCAACUACCUGGGGAGAGCCAUGGGGAAGUACUCUUGUAUCGUGUACUCUGAAUGCUAUAUAGAAGACAUCAUUCUGCCGCAACUGUGGGACACGGACUGGAACCACGACGGCAAAAAUCGAGACCAGACGGUGACUUAUGGAAUAUAUGAAUGCUGGGGCCCUGGAGUUGCGACGUCGGGACAAGCGUGGGGGAACACCAUGACCCAAGUCGAAGCCAUAGCCUUCACGUCGCUAGAAUUCAUUGAUGGUCAAGAGUGGCUCCUCGAGUAUUAAGAAGCCUCGCGCGCCGACACCGCCGCCUAGUCGCCAUACCGGCCCCGCUAAGUUUCUUGGUAUCUAUACCGUGGCCUGUAUAAAGCCCGCCAAAUUUGAGAGGUCUUUGGACCCCCCCACAUUUACACAUGCCCAAGGAAAGAAUUUGAUGGAGACCUCCAAUUGCAAUCACCAUAGUGUGCCGUUUUUUUUUUCUUUUCUUUUUUUUUUUUCUUAUUACAUAUUAUUGGCAUCGCCUAUUAAAUUAUAAUUAUUUUUAGAGGCUAUUGUGAGAUGAUAUUUUUGAUUUUAACUAACUAAGAAAAGAAAUAUUUUUGAAGCCUUUUUGUAGCUUUAAAAAAGGUGAUGCUAGAAUUAGGUGUUGGAAUGAGUUUGGUAUUUUAGAUAACAAUAAAACUUCAAUUUUGAACGGAGAAUUAUUUUGUAUUGAUCACUGUUUGUGAAUCACCAUCAAACAGGCAGUUUUGGUUCUAUUUGAAAAUUUCUUAUUUAAUAAAAACAAAAUAAAACAUUU